UCUGUUAUUUUUCUCUUCUUAGCCCUUGGGAAUCUAUUCGCUGUCUGUUUGUCGGUUACCGGUGAACCAGCGGUCGAGCCAGCGGGCGAACCAGCGGCAUUCUAGUUCAGCAAGGGGCUGACGCGAAGCAAGCGUUGGUAUUUCCUUGCGUUGAGCGUUUUGCGCCGCUUCAGCGUUCAGGACGCGUCCCAGCGUGUCCAGCGUGCCCGGCGUGGCGUUUGUGGAGUCCACGCCGAGAUCACAUUUUCGCGACGGAGAUGGACCAUCCAGAACGUACUACGAUGCCUUCACGAUUCCUGAGGAACCGCUUUGCUGCUGCUGACGCCGGAUUCUGACAGGACGCUACUAGCGUUCGCGUCAGCGCCACGUCUUGCUGAGCAACGCGUUCCGUCGCCAUUACGAGGGCAUCUUGGCGACGAGGAAUCGUUUUGCAUCGUGGCCACAUGUGAUGCACGAAACAGUGUGGCUCCCGCUAAUGUGCCCUGUGUGACGUCGAGUUCAACAAAGCACCGGAGAAGCAUCUACACAGAAGUAUUCGCCACAUAAACUGCAGUACUGCUGCCAAGUCACGAAUGGCUUGUGUGUUAUCAGCGUGACACAGCAUUCUUGACAGGAAAGCAGCGAGCGACGAGCUUUCAAGAAAGGAAAUGCAAGCAAGGCAGAUGACGACUGUUGUGGGACAAGAUAAGCCCCAAAGGGUGAAACGGGCAACCGUAGAGGCCCUCUACAUGUUAGAGGCCUCCAUAAACUGGUGAAGAUAUGGAGACGAGCGGGCUGCAAAUAUUGAAUAAUUGAAAUUCGCUUAAGCACGACAGUGGGAAUAUUCGACAAAAUGCUCAACAGCGUCAUAGAAACUGAAAAGGGGUCUUCUAGGCGCGCCCGUCAAGCUGACAAGUUGUUCACAUUCAAGAGCCCGCUACACAGGCAAGCAGAACUUCGAAGGGCUGCGUACUGAUCAACGCCGAGCUCGGCUAACUGACAUGCAAGAGCUUCUGCGCAGAAGCAUUCACCACACAAACUGCAGGCCUGCAAGACAUCGAAGGGUUGCGUACUGGUCAACGCCGAGCUCAGUUGACCGUCACGCAAGAGCUUCUACGCAGGAGCAUUCGCCACACAAACUGCAGCCAAGCCGCCUGCUCUCAACAGGCAUAAGCCCAUCCAGGUGGAAAUUGUAGAAAUUCAGCAAUAACCUGAAACGCUCAAAAAAUCUUUCCCAGCCCUGGACGUCUCCCUCAGUAUGCGAGCACAACUGCAACAAACAGCGUCGCUCCUACACUCGUGCACUGUGUGACGCCGAGCUAAACAGAGCACCGGAGAAGCUUCUACAAAGAAGUAUUCGCCAAAUAAACUGCAGAGGCUGCAUUACAAGGGGAAGCUGCGAACCGAAAGUUUUGUAUGCUUCCACUUUGGCGCAACCGAAGUGCUGUUCCCUGGGAUGUGAGCUGGCAACCUCGUACGCAGAAGCAAAAAGGCCCAGCCGCUCAGCCAUUGCACAGAGAUGACGACGACGAAGCAGGAAUUCAGGGCGGUGCAGCUCAUGCCGAUCUGAGCGAGGAAGGUGCGCGUGACAGUAUUCCAAAGACCAGAACGAGAUCCUGGCGGCCGGUGUGACCGUGGGAGCUGCUACCGCUGGCCCACCCCGCACACCGAGCCGGCUCCACCAUCCAGUCACCGCCCUCUGCCUGCUACUGGCGAUUAUUCUGUGGUGGCUGCUCAACAACAACAACGCGCAGUCAGUGUGCUGGACAACGUUGAGCCCAGCGAACACUACAGGAACGCUCGUAUGCGGGCGUAUUCGCCACACGAACUACAGAGCUGAACAUCUUAUCCACAGGAGCCUUCGCUACAUAAACUGGAGAUCCAGACAAGCGCUUGUCGAGGUCAGACGUGCCUAAACACCGCUCCACGGCACGUACUUCGGCCCCAACCGCCGCCCCCAGCCGGGGGCCCCCGAGGCACCGUGAGCGGCACGGCUGGCCUCGAAACCCCGGCGACUCCGACUCCCCAGCUCCGCCUGCCGCGCCCAACGCCGCAUGGAAGAUGCCUUACACCGUAGAAGGCUCCGAUAUCACCGCCGGGGAGUUAUCCGACGGCACAUGGACGGCGUUCGAGAUGCAACGCCGCUACCGACGCCCAUUUCCUCCUGAACAACAACCUGCCGGAGCCCAGACGCCGGCCACGACGCUGUCUGCCCCGAAUGCGCGGCAACGCGGACGCCCUCCACCGCCGACCAAAAAGCGCCCGCUUCCCCGCCUGCCCUCGGACGACCUCAAGAUAGUCCUUCGCCCGCAGGGCACACUCAACCUCCACACCGUCGGCCCCGCCCGGCUGGCUGUUGCCAUUUACGCAGCAGCCAACGUCGACCAACGCCUGGCAGUUACUGCCGACCAGGUUAGAAUGCACCCCACUAACAACACAGUGACAGUGAGCACGCCUGACAGUGCUCGUGCAGUGUCAUACGCCAAGGUCCGCGCCAUCACCAUCGACACCACAGAAGUCCCUGUUGCCGCCUACGCCCCAGCCCCAGACAACUCCGUGCGAGGGAUUCUGUACCGGGCUUACAGCUAUGAAAGCGACGCCGAAAUCUUCGCCGAGCUUCGGGCUCGCAAUCCCGACAUCCCUAUCGUUGCUGCGCGGCGUAUGGGCCAGACACGACACUUUGUCGUCACGUUUGCCAACACCAAGCUGCCCCGAUACAUGCGGUAUUUGGGGUUCACUUUCGAGGUCUUCCCUUACAAGGGGCGCCCGGAGGCUUGUUUCAACUGUCGCAAGCUAGGUCACAGAACAGAUGUGUGCCCACAACCGCGCCAACCCAUUUGCCGCUGCUGCGGUGUGGCCCACGAACCUCAACCAGUCGGCCAACCACCCACUUGUCAAGCCACGUGCAUCGUAUGCAAAGGCCCACAUCCCACCGGCAGUAGAAGCUGUAAAUACCGUUUCGUGCCAACCAGCCGAGCUAAAUCUUCCAAAUCCUCCACGGACACUGAAACUGACCCCGGCACCUUGUCACGUGGCCAUCAGUCUCGCUCUCGGAGCCGCGACCGCCAACAACGACCCCCAGGAAAUGACGCUUUCCCACCACUGCGAAGCAGCGGCUCCAUUCACAACAGCCCUAGCCGCUCCCCAUCGCGCUCUCGGGACUCCCGGGCAACCUCCCAGGUCGGGCCGGAUACCAAGUCCACCAAACAGGUCGCGUGGAAGAGCCCUCCACCAGCCACAAGCCAACUGCCCGACCCCCAGGUAAGGGAACUGGCAGAAAUGGUUAAGCAACUACAGCUACAGUUAGCACAGGCAAAUGCUAAAAUUCAUAGCCUUGAGUCUGCACAGGCGCACCCACAACCGCGGCCGCAGCAGGUGGCUCGCGCUCCCACCUCCGACUCCACCAAUGACCCCAACAUGGACACCGACCAGCCCAAGUGCAAUAAGCGCAAGGCACCUCCCCCCUCCUCUACCUCUGACCUUGACGCAAAAUUCGAAACUUUUGACGCCCGCUUAUCUAAAAUAGAGGACGUCCUAAAACGGCUGACCCCCACUAUCGACCAGCUCAUUGAAGGCUGCAGUAAAAUGGCAACCAAUAUUCAAACCCUAACCGCACGCCUCGACCACCUCGCGGGCCCUCCGCAAACUGACGCCCUCACGACAUCAAAGCCCACUCAGUCGCCUGGUGCGCUUCCCUCUACCGAGAGUGCAGCCGCGCGUGCGUCUGCUGGCGGUAUUAUCAAAACCGACGUAGCGUUUCCGCAGCGUCCCGAACCCUACAGGAAACGCGAUGGCUAGCGCGCCCAUCACAGUAUGGCAGUGGAACUGCAGGGGCUUCAAGGCAAAGCGGAGAGCCUUGGAGUAUACCCUGCAGGCCCAGCCAUUUACACCCCACAUUAUAGCCCUCCAGGAAACAUACACCGACACAAAACUAGCCAGCUAUACUGCUUACAACCAAUCGGUGGCGCCGGAUCUCCGCCCGAGCACCGCCAUCCUUGUACACCGCAACCUCACCGCCAAUCAACUCGAUCUUGACUACCCCGAAGUCCCACACACUUUCGUGCAGGUCCUUCCAAACAGCCGAACCGAAUCCCCACUCAACAUCUUAAACGUGUACAGCCCCCCAAGUGACAAGAGCACUAAUGUAGCCACUCUCCUCCGCAAGGCGUGUGCGAUCGCGCGGAACGAGAUGCUACUUAUAGUGGGUGACUUUAACGCACCACACGCCGAGUGGGGCUACCCCAGCAGAGCCUGCGGUCGUAAAGGAGCCAAGGUUUGGGACACUGCCCAGACACUGGCUCUGACGCUCCUCCUCGACCCCGAACGGCCCACCCGUAUCGGUAACAGCACCACGAAAGACAGCUGCCCCGACCUCACUUUCGCCCGCAACAUCCCAGAUGCGCGCUGGGACAAUCUCGGUAUGAACAUAGGUAGCGAUCACUAUGUUCUCAGCACUACGUUCACAGCCACACACAGCAAGGGCCCUCGCCGCACAUUCAAACACACCAACUGGGAUGCUUUCCGGUACGUACGAACUCAGCGUCCGCAAAGCCCCAUAGACGACCUCAACACAUGGACAGAUACUCUGCUCCGCGACGCAGCCAACGCCACCUCCACAGUCACGCAGGAGGAGGAUGGCCCCACCCCAGAUGCUAAACUCAUGCAUAUGUGGGAGGCCCAGCGCAGCCUCCACGUUCGCUGGCUCCGACGCAAACACAACCGCCCUCUCAAGCUUCGCCUCGCUCGCCUAGAACGAG